CUCCGAACCCUCAGAGCACAAACUAUAGAUCCCUCCCCCAAAAGAAACUCAAAAGCAACGCGCUCGCCACCAUGGCCGUCAAGGACCCGCCAGUCCAAAUCUCCCUGGCGGCAACAGUAAAGAUCCCGAAUCUCCAGCGCCAAAGUUGUCAGCGCUGAAAGGCAACAUGGCCACUACCGAGCCCACCACCACAACCAGCGCCGCUUAUACGGGCUCUGGCAGCGAAGAUGAUACCGCAAGUCCCCUCCCUAAAACGUCUCACCCCUCAUCAAAGUCCGACCGCUCUCGGCCAACCAUCGACACAUCCGUACCACGCCAUGUUGGCCUACCGAUUCUCUCCCCUACAGACGCCAACCUCAGCAGAACCAUGUGCCAACUCACCUCCAUUCUGAUGGCCAUUCUUCUCAUCGCCGUCGCUAUUCCUUUAACCCCUUUGGCCUGGAUAUUUGUCCCCUCGGGCCAAACGCCGAAUCUGGCGAUAAUGAUAGCAGAUCAUCUCCUCGCGUCUACCAUCUUCGUGCUCAUAGUUACACUUGAGCUUUGCUUGGCGUCGCUCGAGGAGCCGGUCGAAAUGGACGUUGUCCCGGGUGCUCGGUAUGUGGCGGGUUUGGUUGGGCGCUGGAUGAGCAGCAGGGAGAGGCGAACGGUUACUCGUGAUGGGCACAUUCUCCCUACUCAUAACACUGUCGGGUACUGUGGCCACAGUGGUAGUCACAAGGAUAAUGGGAAAGGCGCGGGGUGGUGGCAGCGGACUUGGACCUGGCGGCCACAAUACUACCCGUGGCUCAGCAUCGUGAAGUCCUGCGCUAUGUACUUUGCGCUGUUUAACGGGGAUGCGAUUGUCAGGGAAUCUGUGGCACUGGGAGUGGUAGUGGUGGCGUGGUGUCUUGGAUGGCCAGCGGCGAGGGCGUUGGGAGUGGGUGAGGUCUUCAAGGGGUAAGACGGUAAGUAAGUGUUGCGUUUGGAUUGUAUGGCAAGGUGUGGGUAGAUUUCAAAGGGGGCUUGACGAGGAGAUCUGC